AUGGUGCAAUUCCAGGUUAUCAGCCACAAGACCUUGCCAUGGCCAGUUGAACCGCACGGGGUAUUCAGUUGGUGCCCCACCAUGGACCUGGUGGCCGUGACUUCUCAGGAUGCCUCAACACUGUUUGUGUUCCGUCUGAACGGCCAACGGGUUUGGUCGCUAGCGAUAAAGGGAGUCAAAAUCCGGGAUUUUGUGUGGAGGCCUGAUGGAAAACUAAUGGCAUUGUUUGGGGAAGACGGGUCUUGCCGUCUCUAUGAUUCAGACAAGGGAAAGUUAGUCGCUUUGCUAGAUGAGUCCUUAUCAGACUCAAGAUAUCUGGCUUGCUGCUGGUCGAAACGAGAAAAGGAGUUCCGAUCGCUGGGUAAGUUUGACCAGCUGGCCGAGAUGGAUAUCGCCAAGUCUCUUCCUGCUCUAUCACAAUUGCCCAACGCGAGUUUCUCUGAGAGCUUGAAAAUUCUUUCCGACGACCUUCUGAAAUGCGAGGGUUCUACUAGUGAUCUUCUGAUUGCUGGCCUGGACAAUGGUGAACUCAGUCUGACGCUAUACGGUCUCUUCGCCAUUGGGAGAUCACAAUUGAAAAGUUUAAAAACUCUCAGAUUCGUCAAUGUUGUUUCGUCCGAGGAUCUUGAGUCGCAUUAUGCCAUUAUGGAAGACACCAAAAAUGUUUAUAUUGCGCGAAUCGACACGACAUUUGUCUCGAAGUACGGAGCCUUCCUGCCCGUGGUUUCAGUGACCAUCUCACAGACAUUGAACAUCAUGAGUUAUCUCAAGGGAGCAAUGGAUGUGAUAACACACGAUUGCAAGCCUUUCAUAGACUUCAACCACAGAACCAUGUCAUUGCUGGAGGAUGAGAUAAAGCAGGAUGCCGCGUAUUCUUCGCUGGAUUUUGAGGAACCAGGGUUCAAGCUCUAUGACCUCUUGCUGACAGGUAUGGUCAGCAAGCCAGUACUGCAAUGGCUCACCGAAUACGUGGGAGAAAGAGGCAUCAAAAAGUGGAUCAAGUUGGGUAACCAGGCACUUGAAGGUGCUCGCAAAGUGCUAUUCACAUACGUGAUUCCAGGAGUGGAGAGAUUGAUACUCCAUCUGACCAAACUUUCCGGCUAUGCCAAAUGGUCCAAUGUCAUAGAAGAUGACUUGGGAAUGGAGGCUGCAUUAUUUGAGUCUGCUAUAGAAGCUACCUCCGAUCUGCUGAGACUCGUAUACAAGCUGAUAGCAGACAUCAACUCCGAGCAGCGGCUCUUCCAAAACUUCAUCGACUGGCUAUCAUAUGCUUUGCAAGACAUCACCUCUGACGAUCCUAUCAAGGACCGCUAUUUUGAGGUCAGCGAUAUAUCAGAAUACAUCACCCUGGGAUUGAAUGAGUCCAUACUCAAAAAUCUCGUCAAAACUGAGGAAUCGAGAAUUCCCAAACUGCACAGCUACUACGACGACGUGGUUGAGAAGACCGACAUCAUCUUUGAAUCUGUCAAAAUGAAUAUGAGAGGAAUGAUCGAAAGCGGACCACCCAUCAGCAUAUUCCAAAAGUGUCCUGGCAUGAGAAUACAUUCCGAUAUUCGAAUCGUGAAAGAGAACGAAGCGUUUAACGUGAUCUGCAUGCUGCACGUUCAUAAUUCCAAAAAGUUGCAACUAAUCAAGCUGAAGCACAAUUCUCAAUCACCAGAAGCUCCCAAAUACUAUGAAAUCGAUGUCACCGAGCUUGUACAUGAAAAUUUGGGGGUGAGCGCUGCCUUCAUAGAUGACCGGGAGAUUCUGCUGCUAUCCAGACCAGGCAUUAUGGAGCCCUCUUCCGCUUCCACAUCAAGUUCCACAGAAGUAUCUACAGAUUAUGCCAGACCAGGGCUCUGUUCAUUUCGAUACACCGACCUUGCCGAGGGUACCACAAAAUUGACCCGAGAUGCGGUGAUAAUGCAAAGCUACUUUGAUGAAACAUCCAACAACAAUAAAGAAGGCACCAUGGAAGGAUUCAGUCCCCUGGCGAUGGCUGUGAAUGGUCUUAGUGGAAGGCGAGUGGGAUGCAUGAUCCACCAGAAUCACAAAGACAUGCUUGUGUUCGACCUUGAUAGAGAUGAUUGA